AUGAGUACCACAGCACCAAGAAAUCAGCCAGUGACAGCAGCCUGUUGUAUCAUUGGGGACGAGAUUCUGAACGGCAAAACACGCGAUUCUAAUGCUCACUUCUUGGCAAAGUAUUUGUUUGACUGUGGUAUUGAUUUGAAACGAGUGGAGAUUAUUGGUGACGAUUACGAUCAUAUUGCUCAAACGGUAACACGGUUAUCAAGCCAGCACGACCUCGUAUUUACGAGCGGUGGAAUAGGCCCAACACACGAUGAUAUCAGUUAUGAAGCAAUUGCUCGCGCAUACUCUUUGCCACUCAAAGUCGAUGAAGAGACCUGCACAGCCAUGCAAAAAGUGAUGGGUGUCAAAUUCAAGGACUGGAAACUGACUGACGCUCGAAAGCGGAUGGCGACAUUUCCUGCGCCCGCCAAGAUACUACGUACAAGCCCGCACGAAUUAUGGGUGCCAGUGGUGGUCGUCAACGACAAUAUACACAUUCUACCUGGUAUCCCUCGACUCUUUGAACGACUGAUGGCGGAUUUGAAGCCACGGUUUGAGCACAUGGCUUCAGAGCGAGGCGCAGGUGGACGCUAUUAUCGCGUACAAGUAGCUACAAAGAUGUCUGAAGGCGAUAUUGCCAACUUUUUGACAGAGACACAGAAUCGUGUAACCGAUCAGCAUGUCAAGAUUGGCAGUUAUCCCAAGUGGGGAUCAAGCAAGGACGGUGCUCGUGUUGUUGUUAGCAUUGUGGGACGUGACCAGGAGGCCAUCAAAAUCAUUGGAAACGAAGUGCUGGAUGGUAUCAAAGGGUGGCUUUUUGAGCCGGUCAAAAAGGUGGAUCACGUUGACACGUAG